ACCGCGCCUGCGCCACGGCUGCCGGAGCUAGGACUCUCCUCUCCUGCGCUCCGGACUCCGCAGAUCUUUUGUCUGAGGCUGGGCAGCGGCGGCUGCUCCCCGGAUCGCUCCCGGCCAGCGAAGAAGGAGCCGGAGAACCCGUGCAGAGCAUCGGAUCCCAGGCGCCGGGCGAUUCUAGGGGUGACCCUAGCACCGCUGGCUCCUGUAUACAAACAAAUGGGGGGAGGAAGGCAACUCUUAAGGUGGACUUGCUCUUAAGGUGGAAUUUUUUUUAAGGUGGACUUGCUCUUAAGGUGGAUUUUUUUAAGGUGGAAUUCUUUUUGUUGUUUUUAAAGUGGACUUGCAUCAGCGGCUUUGGGGUGGGAAGGGCUGGGAUUUCAUCAUGGGUAGAGGUUCUUAGCACAAAGUCGGCAGGACAACUCCUCUUGAUAUCACUAGGCUGGUAGCAGGGGAUGGGAAAGGCCUGUUGUUAGGGAACAGACGUCUCUCCAGCCUCUAACAAUGACUAAACCCCAACCCUUCUCCAGGAAAAGGCAGCCCAUGGAAGAAGAAGAGGUGGGAGUGAAAAGCCAGAUGUUUAGCUGCCGAGAGGUUGAUAGACGAGAGACUUUACUUUUCCAACAAGUCUCCAGCUCCUGAUUGUUCUUAAGGAGGGGGGUGGGUGGGUUGUUUUUUGUUUGUCAUUAAUUUUGGUUUUUAAACUCUAUCAAAUAUUAUUAUUUACUACCAACCCCCUCUCUCGGAUAUAUACUGGAAAUCCAAAAGGAUAAAGACAUGGAGACAGUAGGAAAGUUUGAGUUCAGCAGGAAAGAUCUGAUCGGACAUGGAGCUUUUGCUGUUGUUUUCAAAGGGAGACACAAAGAGAAACCUGGGCUGGAGGUAGCUGUAAAGUGUAUUAACAAGAAAAACCUUGCAAAAUCUCAAACGCUGCUGGGGAAGGAAAUCAAAAUACUUAAGGAACUGAAACAUGAAAAUAUCGUUGCCUUGUAUGACUUCCAGGAACUGGCGAACUCUGUCUACUUGGUUAUGGAGUACUGCAAUGGUGGUGACCUGGCUGAUUACCUGCACACUAUGCGGACGCUUAGCGAGGAUACCAUCAGGCUCUUUCUCCAGCAGAUAGCAGGUGCCAUGAAAAUGCUACACAGCAAAGGUAUCAUCCACCGGGAUUUGAAACCACAGAAUAUCCUCCUUUCUUAUGCUGGAGGCAAGAAGUCAAAUCCUAACAACAUUCGUAUAAAGAUUGCUGAUUUUGGAUUUGCCCGAUACCUGCAAAGCAACAUGAUGGCAGCAACGCUGUGUGGCUCCCCUAUGUACAUGGCCCCAGAAGUCAUUAUGUCCCAACACUAUGACGCUAAAGCUGACCUUUGGAGCAUAGGAACCAUCAUUUACCAGUGUCUGACAGGAAAGGCUCCCUUCCAGGCCAGCAGCCCUCAAGAUCUUCGUCUCUUCUAUGAGAAAAACAAGAUGCUGAUGCCCAACAUCCCUAGGGAGACAUCCAGCCACCUGAGGCAGCUGCUACUGGGUCUUCUGCGGCGCAGUCAUAAGGACCGCAUGGACUUCGAUGAGUUUUUCCAUCACCCUUUCUUGGAUGCAAGUGCCUCUAUGAAAAAAUCUGCUUCUGUGCCAAUGCCUUCUUAUCCAAGCUCAGGCUCUGGUAGUUCCUCCAGCAGCUCUUCCACUUCCCACCUGGCCUCACCUCCCCAGUCCUUAGGAGAGAUGCAGCAGCUGCGGGAGAAGGCUCUGGUAUCUCCUGCCCAGGAUUCCCCUGGUUUUCUGCAUGGGUCUAAGGACUCCGCUGAAAGCAGCAGCAAGAAUUCCUCCUGUGACACUGAUGACUUUGUUAUGGUCCCAGCACAGUUCUCAAGUGAUAUAACUGCUGAGGCAGCAGGAGGGAAACCCGUCCAGGACAGCCUGAUGUACAGCGAGAGCUCCCUGGUGACUUCGGCAGGUGUGGAGAGCCAGGCAAGGACGCCAUCCCCUUCGCCCCCGUACAGCACUUCUCCCAGCCCGGCAGGCCGGCAAGGCCAGUUUUCCAGCAGCAAGUACGAGCACUCUGUCCCCAUCCCAGUCCCAACGCAAAUCCACAACUACCGGCGGAUUGAACAGAACCUACAGUCUCCCAAUCAACACGCUUUGCCACAGUCUGGCGCAGUCCGAAGAUCAAGCAGUACAAGCCCCCUUGGGUUUGCUAAAAUCGGUGCUUCCCCUCCUUUCUCUGGAGAGCAUGGAGCUGUGCCAUCCCCCAGACGGUUCUCCUUCGGCGGUGCUAAGCCUUACACACCGUCCCCGCAAGUUGGAACGAUUCCAGAGCAGCCCGGUCAGACUGUUUUCUUCUCCCCACCUGGAGCAGACACGAGAAGCAGGAUCCCCAUGCCUGGUGCCUCAGUGCCUGAGCACUCUUCCCGAGGGAUGGGCUGCCGCCUUCACAGCGCUCCCAACCUGUCAGACUUGCAUUCCUGCAGGCAGAAGAUUACCAAGCAGCAUUCUGACCCUCUAGUUCCUCACUUUGGACACGCUCCCGUCAGCCAGCCCCUGCAGGUUCAUGGCUUGCAGCCCUGCCGACAGCUGAGGUCCUCACCAAAGCUGUCUGAAUUCAUGCAGAGAAGUCCCUUGCCAACUAUCUUGGGCUCCCCGACAAAGGCUAUGUCCCCUUUUGAGUUCCCCAAAACUCCCAGCUCCCAGAACCUGCUCACGCUCUUGGCCCAGCAGGGAGUCAUGCUGGCCCCGACGCGGAACAAGACUCUGCCAGACCUGAAGGAGAUGGGGCACUUCCAUUGCCACCAGGCUGGCCUGGGCUUGAGGCCUGUGGAAGAGAUUAAGGGCAGAUCUCUGAGCACCGGCCGCCUCACUGACCUGCUUCUCAAGGCUGCCUUUGGGGCUCAGAUCUCAGAAGCUGGCAGCAAUGACAGCCUGAACAAUGAGAAGCCAAUGGAGAUCACAGCUCCCUCUGCUGCUUAUGGAGGAAACCUAUACUGUGGGGCUAGAGCUGGGGGCUCUGUGAGCCCUUCCCCAGUGAUCUUCACGGUUGGAUCCCCUCCCAGUGGGACAACACCACCACAAACCACUAGGACCAGGAUGUUUUCAGUGGGUUCUUCAAGCUCUCUGAGUUCAGGAGGCUCAUUCAGCGGCAGACACUUGCUGGUGGGAGCUGGUGGGGAUGCCAUGGAAGCUCCAUCUAGUCUCCGGUACACUCUUGUGGAUCCUAAUGCAGCUAAUCUGGAAGGGACAGUUACAUUUGAGGCACCAGAACUGCCUGAGGAGACGCUCAUGGAGCAAGAGCACACGGACAUCCUGCGCAGCCUGCGCUUCAUGCUUGCCUUCGUCCACUAUGUGAUGGAAAUCGCCACCAUCAAAGGGAGCACGAGCGAGAUGAGCAGCUCGGUGGCCUCCGAGUACCAGCUUCAGGAGAGCGUGGUGGCUGACCAGAUCAGCCUUCUCAGCAGGGAAUGGAGCUAUGCAGAGCAGCUGGUACUGUACCUGAAAGUAGCAGAGCUGCUGUCCUCGGGCCUGCAGACAGCCAUAGAACAGAUCAAGGCAGGCAAGCUGUGCCUCUCCUCCACUGUCAAACAAGUUGUGAAGAAGCUGAACGAACUUUAUAAAUCCAGCGUGUCGGCCUGCCAUUCUCUGAACAUGAGACUCCAGAGAUUCUUCUUGGAUAAACAGAAGCUCAUGGAUCGGAUCAACAGCAUCACAGCAGAGAAGCUCAUUUUCAGCUACGCCGUGCAGAUGGUGCAGUCUGCAGCCCUGGACGAGAUGUUCCAUCACAGGGAGGACUGUGCACAGAGGUACCAGAAGGCUCUGCUGCUGAUGGAGGGGCUCUUGAACAUCAUAACGGAGCAGGGGGACAUCGAGAACAUCAAUAAAUGUGAGCAGCUGGGCGCUCAGUUUCUUACUAGAGCCCUGUGUAUUUUUCCAUUGGUGGAUCCAGAGUCUCAGUCUCCAGGGUUCCUUCCACCGGGACUAAGUUCUUGUGGACGCACCAAAAAUGUCUUUGUUUGGAAUAACUCCUUCAUUGCUCAGCCACCUGCCUCCCGCUUACAGAGCAGCAGGACACUGCCGUAA